AUGAACAGAAUCCCGACUAAAGACGCUUUGGUAAGAAGGAACAUCUCGGUUGAGUCGGAUUUGUGCGUAUUCUGUCACGAAGAUUUGGAAUCUGUUGAUCACCUUUUUACGGCUUGUGUCACGGCUCAUCGGGUGUGGUGUCGGUUCAGCGAGUGGGUGAAAAUCCCUCCAAUUUUCGCCUUCUCAUUGACUGACCUUACUGAUUUGCAUAAAGGUAUUAAUGGGGACAAAAAAACAAAGGAGAUUGUUCAAGGCCUGAUCACGGUUACAUGUUGGUGCCUUUGGAAAGCGAGAAACGCGAAGAUUUUUUCGGAUGGGAGCGGUAAUGUGGACGAGAUCUUUGGGGAGGUUAAAUCCCUUAGUUUUCUUUGGCUUAAAAGUAGGUCCUCGUUUAGUAAUCUAAGUUGGAGAGAGUGGUAUAGUUUUCCUUUGUACAUGAUGUAA